CAGGAAAAAGCUUAAGGCAAGGUUAUAGGAAUCACACAUGUCCUGGGUCAUGGAUAUGGAACGAAUCCCAAACAUUAUGGUGGAAGAUUCCCAAAAAGAGAAGGUGGGCCUCAGCCAGGACGACCACCUGUUAAGUCUGAAGGCCCUGACGGAGAAGCUGCAGCUGGACACCAGAAGGCCGUCUUACCUGGAGUGGAGGGCCCAGUUGGAGGCCCCCGCUCCGAAGGCCCAGAGAGGGAAAGAGGAAUGCGUGGCUGUCACCCAGGGGAAAGACACAUGUGCUCCAGGAUCUCUGAAGCAGCAGGGACCCAGGGACACAGGGCCUGGCCUGGGGUCAGAUGGAGACUGCAUACCCUUCACAAGUCUCAGGGAGUUCGGCAACAUAGACGAGGCCCUGGUCUGGCUGAGGAGAGAGCUGACAGAAAUGCGAGUACAAGACCAGCAGCUUGCCCGGCAACUGAUGCGCCUGCGCAGUGACAUUAACAAGCUGAAGAUCGAGCAGACCUGUCACCUCCACCGCAAGAUGCUGAACGACGCCACCUUUGGGCUGGAGGAGCGCGAUGAGCUGUCAGACCUGCUCUGCGACUCUCCCAUCACACCUGGAUUUGGGCUAUCUGCCCCGCUGAAGCUCAUUGGGGUCACCAAGAUGAACAUCAAUGCCCGGCGCUUCUCCCUGUGUUAAGACAGAAAUGGGUGAGAGCCACUUCAGAAGUAUGUGGAUGUGCUGGAUGGCUGGUCUGUUAUGUGGAUAAAUAAGAAUGUGUUUUCACUGUCACAGAUGGUAGCAGCAAUACACAUGAGCACAUAACUGUCAGACUAUGUUCAAUCUAUUUUGAAUUUGUUAUUCAUGUUUAAAGCUAUUGUUUUGGCACAGAUGAGCUAAAAAUUUGUUUGUAGGCUGAACGCCUGUUUUUAAAUGACUUUCACGUGCUCUGGACUUUCUGAGUACACUGAAGAACAUUUUCAGCUGCAUCAUUAUUCAAGAGGAGACCGAAGGUUAUGUUUUGACACAAAGGAACACUGAAUUGACUUAUCAUUGGUCCACCGCAUAGAAUCAUUCUCCACCUCAGAGACUUUUUAAAAUCCAAAACACAAUUUUUGUGUUUUGUUUGACACUCUAAAUAUGUUUUCCUGAUCCAUUCUGAAUGUAUGAACUGUAUGACACUUAAUUGAUU